GGCGUGACCUUAAAGAGCGAGACCGAGACGACGUCACGGACCCUUCCCUCGACUUGGUCAUCGUCCGAAUUCCAGGGCAGUUGCUCGACUACCGCCAACUCUUGCGCAAGUUCGUCCAAGCCGCAAACGACAGUCGCUUCGAAGAGGCGCGACAGCUGCUCGACGAGGGCGCCGGUUUCGAUGCCGAGGGAAACCUGCUGCUGGACUUCGGGAGCAACGUGCUGCAUGUUGCUGUGCGAGGGAGGCUCAACGAUCUCGCACUGCAUUUGAUCAGCCAGGGUGUGGACCUGGAAAGUUGCAACGAGAUGGGCCGAACGCCCCUCGUACAGGCCUGCAUCAAGAACACGCCGGAAGUCAUCACAGCGUUGUUGGCCGCGCGGGCUGACGUCAACAUCAAGGAUUCUUCCGGGCGAUCGGCCGUUUACUAUGCUGCCAUGAAGGAGAACGCGAUUGUGGUGCAGCAACUUAUUGAGGCCGGGGCAGGCCCGGAAGAACUGGAGAUGCUUGGCUACUCAGGGAAUCCACAUUGUCCUCUUGUCUUUCACGUGGACCUGCAGCAGGGCAAAACCUUGAAGAUCGGGGAGGACUGCAAUGCAAGAAAGCCCUCCAAAAAAGGCGACUACAGAUGGUCAAGUCUAGCCAAUCCUGCUAUGAAAGUUCUACAAGCCCGGGCCAGGGACACCAACUACAAUCCUCCUUACCUGCAAAGUCUGCAGAGCUUAGUCGUGAGCGCUGGCGCGGAAAUGCAAGAGCACACUCCGAGACUUCUUGGCGCGCGAGCCUUUAACUCUGCAGAGGCCGUGCAGCAGGAUGCAGCAGGUCCUGCAUCUGCCGCUGUGGUUCCUGAUGCCGCUUUACAUUUACAGGAGGAAGCCAGUCGCGCGGAAGAAGCGGAAAGCAGCGUUUGCCCAGAGUCUCUGUACUGGAUCUUGGAAGAGCAGGAUGCUAGUUCGGAUGUCCCACGGGUCCUGACCAUCGGGGUGACGGUGAGUUCGCGAACGUUGGGCGGGCGAGAGGUGUGCUUUCAGAUCGGCGCUUGGGAGACGGUGCUGAGUGUGAAGAGGCGUGUGGCCAGUGAGCUGCGGGUGCCAGAUUUCACCAUACAGUUGGUGCAGCAGGGCGUGACUUUAAAGAGCGAGACCAUGCUGAAGGAGCUCUUAAGAGACGACGUCACGGACCCUUCCCUCGACUUAGUCAUCGUCCGAAUUCCAGGGCAGUUGCUCGACUACCGCCAACUCCUGCGCAAGCUCGUCCAAGCCGCAAAGGACAGUCGCUUCGAAGAGGCGCGACAGCUGCUAGACGAGGGCGCCGGUUUCGAUGCCGAGGGAAACCUGCUGCUGGACUUCGGGAGCAAUGUGCUGCAUGUUGCUGUGCGAGGUAGGCUCAACGAUCUCGCACUGCAUUUGAUCAGCCAGGGUGUGGACCUGGAAAGUUGCAACGAGAUGGGCCGAACGCCCCUCGUACAGGCCUGCAUCAAGAACACGCCGGAAGUCAUCACAGCGUUGUUGGCCGCGCGGGCUGACGUCAACAUCAAGGAUUCUUCCGGGCGAUCGGCCGUUUACUAUGCUGCCAUGAAGGAGAACGCGGCUGUGGUGCAGCAACUUAUUGAGGCCGGUGCAGACCCGGAAGAACUGGAGAAUGUGGACCUGGAAAGUUGCAACGAGAUGGGCCGAACGCCCCUCGUACAGGCCUGCAUCAAGAAUGCGCCGGAAGUCAUCACAGCGUUGUUGGCCGCGCGGGCUGACGUCAACAUCAAGGAUUCUUCCGGGCGAUCGGCCGUUUACUAUGCUGCCAUGAAGGAGAACGCGGCUGCGGUGCAGCAACUUAUUGAGGCCGGUGCAGACCCCAAAGAACUGGAGAUGCUUGGCUGCUCGGGUCUGAGGCCGUUGCAGACCCCGAAGAACUGGAGAAGCUAUCUCACCUGCUGGGCUCCAUGGAAGAUGUGUCCUGCAUCUGCCGCUGUGGUUCCUGAUGCCGCUUUACAUUUACAGGAGGAAGCCAGCCGCGCGGAAGAAGCGGAAAGCAGCGUUGCCCAGAACAGUCCGAGCGCAUGGCAGAAGACCGCCGAAGACAUUUCUCGAGAGGCCGAGUACUCAAGUUCACAGUCCCCGCAGCGGCAGUGGCGCUCUUCCCGCAGGGCCUACGGUGGCAGCUUGGAUUUGCUGGUGCUCAGGAAAUGCGCAUCCCCGACGCUGUACGCACGUGUCUUGUGA